UCUUAAAGAAAGAGUAAAAAGCAGCGCGUGCUAUAAAACCCGCCAACUUGGACACCCGGCGCAUUCUGGACCUCGGACUAACCAGAACAGCUCUGCCGCAGGAACACCAAUUUAUCUACAUGCCAUGUUGAUAACCGUGUGGAUGUUGUUUGCGCUUUGGUGAGAGCCGUACAUAGGUUUUGAAUUUUGGAGGAACUGGGAGAAAGUGUGGGAAGCGUAUGAAGAGGAAAGGAAGAAAGGUAUUUGCCGGUCCAAAGGUGAAUCAUGAGUCAAACGCAGUGGAGCACCGAGGACGAAGCCAUGCUUCGUCUGCUUCUGGAGCGAAGGAGGAGAGCAACGGAGCGGCAGAGGCAGGCCAGAGCAGAGGUGGUGGAGAGGAUGCGGGAAGAGAACAUCGAGGAUGAAGAACGGGACGCGAGGUCUGAUAUGGACGCGAUGGAGGGUCAUGAUGGGGAUGAAAAUCGAGAUGAUCGGGAAGGCGGCGGUACUGCGGAUGACGUUGAGGACAUGUUUGAUCCCAACUUGGCCGCGCUGGAAGAGGGUGUUGUACUGGAUAAAGAGACCAUGCGUAGAUUCUAUCGGGUGGAUGGACACAAGGCACGCAAGGUAGGGCGAUUUAAAACUGAAGCCGUUGAUUAUACCAUCGUGGUACGCCCCUUGGAUGCUCUAUUACACCAUCAUGGGGCUAACGAGGUCGUGCAAGCGCUACUCGAGAGUAUUUUUUCUUUGAUGAGAGACGGCGUUCAAUCGCACGAUAGAAUCGGAAUGGUCAUCGAUGGUGGCGGGUUAAGAGCACCGAUUUGGAUUCCCAUCAUGCGAAACGAUCAGUUCUCCAUCGAACGGGUCAUGUUAGCUAUAGAGGGCGUUUUACAAUCCAACGCAGGGUUUCUCACCGAAGAAGAUGGAUUUGAAAUUUCGUUCAUUCACAUUGCCAUGCCAGCGGGGAGAGGCAAUCACGGUAUACCUAAACUUGUUUUUCAAAAAUGGCUGAAGAGAAAACGUUGCUUUGUGCGCAUCAAGAAUCGGGACAGCACGUGCUGCGCACGGGCUCUCGCCGUGGCCAUCGCUCACGCUCGCCGUAAUGACAACGACGAGGCGGCUUCUGAUUUUAGAUCCGUCAGUCGAUCCGACACGCCUCAAAAAGCAGAGGCGUACCGUCUGCACGAUAUGUCGGGCGUGCCAGUCGAUGCAGCCUGCGGAAUCGACGAGUUGAAGGCGUUCCAGGAAAUCUUGCCCGAUUACCAGAUCGUGGUCUAUUCCAAGGACACAUUCAAUGAAAUUCUCUACGCUGGACCUCCUAAAUCAAAGCAGCUGUACCUUUACCAUUACGAAGACCAUUAUGAUGUCAUCACCUCGAUGCCAGCUUUUUUGGAACAGAAUGGAUAUUGUCAACACUGUUUGAAAGGAUAUAGCGUAAAGAAGCAGCACGUGUGUUCGGCUAGAUGUGUCUGCUGUCGCAGGGGUCCGUGCGAGCUCACAGAGUGGGUGCAUUGCCCCGACUGCCGCCGGUACUUUAAGAGCACGGACUGCUUUGAGAAUCAUAAACGGGAAGGAAAAAUCAACGAUUGUAAUGAAGAAGAAGAAGAAGGAGAAGAUGAUGAAGAAGAAAAAAAUGAAGGGGAUGAAAAAGGCGGUCAGGGAAAACAUAACAGAAGGGAGGUGUCGGUAUGCAGCCGGCUGUUCAGAUGCAAGGAUUGCGGGGUGAUGAUCGACCAAAUAAAGGGAGGAACGAGGAAAAAGCAUGUCUGUGGGAUGCGAUACUGCCCGCGUUGUAAACUGGAAGUUUCGUGCGAUGACAUUCACUCGUGUUACAUGCAACCUCUGGCACGGGAAGAUCUCAAAGAAAGCAUGGAAGGUAUGGAUAGGUUCAUCGAAGCAUUUACCAAACACUCGGUCAAUCUGCCUGAUGAGGGUGGUAGUAAGGAUAGUGGUAAUGGAAGCUUACAGCGGACCUACGUUUCACUGGCAAUAAAGCUUAAGAUUCUCGAGGAGUUGUUGAACGAAUUGGAGGCUGAUGCCGAUCCGACACAGACCGUAAAAGCCAAGAUUAAAGCCUGCAAGUCGUGGAUAAAACUAUGCAGAAAUUCCAUCCCUUCCUACAUCUUUUACGACUUCGAAUGCCGGCAAGAUGAAGAGGUGGGUGAAAACAAAUUGGGGAAAAUCUACAAACACGUUGCAAAUUUAUGCGUUGCCUACCGUGUGUGCGCCAUCUGCUGGCAAGACGUGGACAGAGAGUGUAACGUGUGCGUGCAACGACAGUGGGUGUUCCAAGGAGAUGGUUGUCGAGAUGUAUUUUGCCAGUGGUUGUUUUCUGACCCGCUUCACGCUGGUAGACGGGCCAUCGCCCACAAUGCCUGGCUAUGCCAUUAG